AUGAAGUCCAACUUUAGUGCUCCGUCAUCCUCUAUUCCCGGUGGUCCUGAUACUUAUCACCAAGGCAACAUCAGGAUGACUCUGGAGGACCCAGAACUCUGGAAGUCCUUCCAUGAAAUAGGAACAGAGAUGAUUAUCACUAAACCAGGCAGGUAAGAUGACCACAACUUCAAAUUCUAUCUGCUAUUAUCAAUUACAAUGUACUUGAUUGAAAAUGCUUCAAUAAAUGGCAUUUUCUGUGGACUGUCAUGAUAAUGAUUAUUCUUGUAUUUUACAGGAGAAUGUUUCCACACUGUAAAAUCAACCUUUCUGGACUAAUUCCAUGUUACAAGUACAUCUUGUUGGUUGACAUGGUACCUGUGGAUGGUUUCAGGUAUAAGGUAAGAACCUUUUGCAUGUUUACACUUGAAUACAUAUCCAUUGCCUUUCAUAUUAGCAAAAUCAUUGAAACCAGGGAGAAUUUUACAUUUAGAAAUGACACAUCCCUGGCUUGUAUCAAACAAUCGUGACAUUAGCAAACAUUAGCAAUAGAUGUUCCCCAAUGGUCAGCAUCUCCAGAUGAGACACAGCUCCACUCCACUCUUUGCUAAUCACCCCUCUGACAUUGGUCAUCAAAGGGCAUUAUCUCUUCCUGUUGUUAUAUCCCCUGCUGUUUGCCUCUGUGGGUGGUGCAAGCCAAAAUAUCACUCUCUCUUUUAGCCUCAAGGUUAGACAGGGAUCCUCUGAAAAUCACCCCUGCCCCCCUUUGUAUGACAGAUUAACUUUAUGUUAAGGUAUUUACUUCCCUGUCUCUUUCCAGUGGAAUAAAGAGAAAUGGGAAGUGGCUGGGAAGGCGGAGCCGCAGCCCCCUUGUCGGACGUACCUGCAUCCAGACUCUCCGGCCCCUGGGAGCCACUGGAUGAAACAGUCGGUGUCCUUCCUCAAGCUCAAGCUCACCAACAACACUCUGGACCAACAUGGCCAUGUAAGAAAGCAUUGUCAAUUGGUUCUGUCCAUUUGUAGCUUGUUUUUGGACAGGUCCAGGAAUGGCUAAAGGAUUGCAAUAUUUACCUGGAGCUAACCUUGCAGAUAGCAUUACUGGGUGAUCUGAAAAGUCAUAGUCAAUCGAUCAAUAAUAUAAUAAUACUUUUAGCAAAAAUGUUUAUUUUUUAUUCACAAUCUGUAGAAGCAAUGAGAAUAGAAAGGUUCAGAACUUUUGUAAAACAUCACAGUACAGUUGAAAUAUAUAUGGCAAAUAGAAAUCCUAUAUGGAUGGUGUUAAGAGAUAGAUGGGAGGUGUUGAAUGGAGUUGAAGGAUGGGACUAAUAACAAAUAACAACAAAUAAUAACAAGAUGACUAAUAAUGUAAGCAUACUGUGUCCAUAAUAAGUAUAUAGGUUGUAUGUUGGGAGCUUUUGGGAAAGAGCACAGUUAGAAAGAUAUGGCAUAUAGAAGCAAACCGGAUGGACAUCAUGAAAAUGAUCGGAGAGGUUGAGAGUAGAAGAAGUUCAGGAGCAAAAACAAAUAAAAUACUCUGUGUCCAUAAAAUGUAGAUAGUAAGUAUAAGCUGGAAGUAGAGGCCUAAGCAUUGUUGUUCACUAAUUUACCCCAAGUAGGGAAAGGAUGGCGGGGUUGAAAAGUCAUAAAGGGGAGUAUAUAUAUAAAAAACAUGGGGAUUGGAAGUGAUGCAGACAAUUACAUUGAUGGAAGUUACAAUCUAUCUGCAAUAUUAAGCUGAUCUACCCCCCCCCCCCCCCCCCCCCAAAAAAAAAAGAAAAAAGAAAAAUAAAGCAUUGUCAAUCUCUGUAAUAAUAUAUAUAUACUUAUUCUAUAGAGCAUUGGCAAAUUAUUUUACUUUGAUGACAGUAACUGUUGUCAUUGUUCCAGUGACUAAACUAACUGUGCAUAUCUCUCUUUCAGAUCAUUUUACACUCCAUGCACCGCUACCACCCGCGCUUCCACAUUGUCCAGGCAGACGACAUGUACAGUGUACGCUGGAGUGUCUUCCAGACCUUUACCUUCUCUGAGACCUCCUUCACCUCUGUCACCGCUUACCAGAACACUAAGGUCAGUCUCACUGCAGUCACUGGCACAGCAGGGCGCUACCCUUUAUUUCCCCAAGCAAGCAUCUGGUAACAAGUCCCUAGGUGUUUAAACCAACUCUUUCUCCUCUAGAUAACCAAGCUGAAGAUUGACCACAACCCAUUUGCGAAAGGCUUCCGAGACGAAGGAACUAAUACAAAAAAGUAGCUAGAAUUGUUUUUAUCAUUACUUUUCUAUUUUAUGCUUGCCUUGAAUAUGUGUGUUAAUGAUCCUGUUGUCUUUUCCGCUGCAGGCGUGCUAACAGAAACCCAGCCUCCCCAGAGAAAAAACCUAAGGAAAUUGAUUAUCUAAGCAAAGACUCAGAUGAGGACAGCCCUUCAAGUAUUGGCUUUCACCACUUUCACCAGUUAGUUUAGUGACCAAACUACUCAUCCCUUCAUGUAGAGGUUGUUGUUCUCUGAGCUCAGUGGGUCUGAUGUCAUGUAUGUUUUGCAGGCUUACGCAGGUCAUCAUAUGAGGGAUAUGAAGGAGAGCGGGCAGAACUCCCUAAAAGAAAAGAGGAGGAAGUGGUGAAAGAGGAGCACUACUCCCCCUGGGGGCCUGAGAGGGAGCAUGGACACCACGUCCAGACAGACUCACCCCCUGGACCCGAUGUCAGGGACAUGUACAAUGCAGAGCAGCUAGUACCAGCCCCAGCUUCAUACCAGCCUUACAGGUAGGCACCAGAUCAUGCUGUCUAUCUCAGUAAUGUUCAUCCUGGAAGGUAGGAAGGAAAACUCACUCACUGCCACAUUGUCAUCAAAGCAGACAACACUGACCACCACCCAUCUCUCUCUUUUCAGGUUCCAUAAAUACGGGAAGUCUCCAUCUCCCUCCUCCAGCGUGGGCAGCAGCAAUGGGGGUUCUGGACAGGCCAGCUUUGAGUCCAGAGUCCCUGAUGUAGCCACAGUCCCAGAGCAUGAGACCUCCAAGCCCUCUGUUCAUGAGAUUGGACCAUCUCCCUGUGGCCCGCAGCCCCUUGCAGGACAUCAUCAGGACUACACAGGGGUGCUCAACAUGGCCCAAGCAGGCAAGCCAGGGGUCCUCAGCCACAACAUCUACAGCCCUUAUAGCACAGAGCAGACCCUGGGCCAGUGGACCAGCCCCAGCCCUGCCCAGUACCCUCCCCCUCACCACCUGCCCACUGACUACAGUACCCCGGCUGUGCACCACGGAUAUCACCAUGGCAACGUGGCUGAGUGGAGCCAGUACCCACUCUUCUCCUACUCCUGCUGGUGA